AUGUGGUUGCAAAUUAUAUUUCUCUACUUCUCUGCUGAUGUGAUUCGUUAUCAGUUCAGAUUGAAGGAUACAGUACGUCGUGAUCAUACGCCUAAUGCCAGUGAUGCGAAAAAGUUUCUCAAAGAUUUGACAUUGGGAGCUAGCGCAGCAAUAGUAGCUAAGACAAUUAUAGCUCCCAUCGAACGAGUUAAAUUAAUCCUACAGCUGCAAAACGCACAAGAAACUGUCGCAGUUGAGAAGCGUUACAAGGGUAUGCUUGAUUGCUUCGCGCGAAUACCGGUCGAACAAGGUUUUCUAUCCUUUUGGCGUGGCAAUUUGGUCAAUAUUGCUCGAGCUUGUUCACAAGAAUCUCUUGGAUUUGCUUUCAAGGAUUUUUUCAAAAUUUGGUUUCUUAAUGGUGUAGAUAGAAAGGAUUACUGGCGCCUCACAGCAGGUAAUCUCGGAGCUGGUGCUAUGUCCGGUGUUGCAACAUACUGCAUAAUCUACCCGUUAGAUUUCGUACGAACACGAUUAGCUAUCGAUAUGGGAAAAGGUAUAUCUCGAGAAUUCUCAGGUUUUUUUGAUUGCAUGUAUAAGGUCUUCAGGCAUGAUGGAUUGCGUGGAUUAUAUUACGGUUUUUGGCCGUCACUUCAGUACAUUUUUCUGUAUCGUGGAGCCUACUAUGGCCUUUUUGAUACGGCGAAAACACAAUUAACGAAACGUAGCGAUGGCGAUAUCAGUUUCAUUUGUGCUUUUUUGAUUGGUCAGGCAGUAACGUUUACAGCGGCUUUGAUUUCCUAUCCCCUGGAUACGAUACGUAGGCGUUUCAUGAUGCAGGCUGGUCGUAGCGAUAUACUUUAUCGAGGAGCCUGGCAUUGCACGACGAAGAUAUGGCAUGAGGAAGGCCUCAAGGCUUACUUCAGCGGUUUAUGGGUAAACGCGGUACGUGGUGUUGGUGCUGCCCUCGUUUUGGCCUUUUACAAUGAAUUUUCGAAGCAUUUAUAA